AUGGGGCAGCCCGUAGUCCAGACGAUCCAUAGGGAUCCCGCCCUGUUUUGGUGGAUUCUACUCCCCAUCACCGUCGUCAUGGUCCUUACCGGUAUCCUCCGCCACUACGCCAUGACGCUGCUGCAAUCCACGCCUAAGAAGCAAGACCUUCCCAAGAUCCGCCAGCAGCGCUCGCUCGUCCGCGGCGUCAAUCUGCGCACAAACGCGCACGUCAUCUCGCCCGCCUCAUUUGCGGCGCGCAAGGCAUACAUGGUACAGGCGUUCCAGGAGGGAAAGUUCCUCGCGGAGCCUGAGAUGAGGGGGAAGCCUAGACCGAAUCCCAUGAGUGAUCCUGCGGCAAUGGAAGGCAUGAUGGGCAUGAUGAAGGGCCAGAUGACGAUGAUGAUUCCGCAGACGCUGAUUAUGGGCUGGAUCAAUGCCUUUUUUUCGGGCUUCGUUAUUAUGAAAUUACCUUUCCCGUUGACGCCACAAUUCAAGUCGAUGCUCCAGUCUGGAGUCGGUACUCGUGACCUCGACGUUAGAUGGGUGUCGAGUUUGUCCUGGUACUUCCUGACAUUGUUCGGCCUGCAACCCGUCUAUAACUUUAUCCUGGGAAGCAACAAUGCUGCCAACCAGGUUUCACAACAGAUGGCCAUGGCGAAUCCAGGCGCGGGUGGUAUGAUGGGUCCCGAGCAAGACCCUGACAAGCUCUUCCUCAAUGAAGCCGAGAAUCUGGAGGUGCUGGAGCACCGAUGGAUAUUGGAGGGAAUCGAAGACCGACUGGUUGCCAAACUUGGAGCGUGA